AGUGUGUUUUUCUGUCCCAGAGCGGAAGAUGCGGCACCGAGCUCAGGAUGUGGUGCUGGAUGAAGAGGAGGAGGAGGAGGGUGAAGAGAAGGGACUCUCUGAUAUCAGUGGGCAGGCCAGCGUGAUGAUCGAAGGCGUCGAGUACAAGAUCGAGCAGUUGCACAGAAGGAAUCAGGAAUCACCAAGCACUGGAGCGUUACAGGUUGAUGGUCGGGGAGAGCAGAGAUCAAGUGAAGAAACGCGACCCAACUCCAUGACUGGGUAAGAGACUGCCUGUUAAAUGUUCCAUUCCAG